CCUCUCCUCUUAGUUUCUUUCUUUUAUGCUUACAUAUUUGUAGCCAACCAAAUACAGAGGAAGAUAAUCAAAAUCAUGGCACUUGGAAUGUGGGCUUCCUCUACUGCUAAUGCACUUAGAAUCUCCUAUGCCUCCAAAGCUCACCUCUCCCCUGCUUUUUCCUUCUCCAGAUGCUUCUCUACAGUUCUGGAUGGGUUGAAAUAUGCAUCUUCACAUGAAUGGGUCAAGCAUGAAGGUCCAGUGGCUACAAUUGGCAUCACUGACCAUGCUCAGGACCAUCUUGGAGAAGUAGUGUUUGUGGACCUGCCAGAGACUGGUGUUGCAGUCACCCAAGGAGGCAGCUUUGGGGCUGUGGAGAGUGUCAAGGCAACAAGUGAUGUCAAUUCCCCAAUCUCUGGUGAAAUUGUUGAGGUUAACACAAAGCUCAGUGAAACUCCUGGCCUGAUCAAUUCAAGCCCAUAUGAAGAUGGAUGGAUAAUCAAGGUGAAGCCCAGCAGUCCAUCAGAGUUAGGGUCCUUGAUGGGUCCAAAGGAAUACACCAAAUUCUGUGAGGAAGAAGACCAUUAGAAUCUGUACCAUACUUUUCCUGAAACCUAAUAUUUUCUGUCUUAUUGACAACUACUAAAGAAGUUCAAUCUCCAACUUUGACAAUCUGCUUCUUCUUCUUUUCUCCUUUACUUUUUUUUGGCUAAUUUUCUCUAUUUUAUGUUAUG